AUGAGUCGGAGUAAUCAAUUACCAAACUUGGAAAAAAUAUUCAAAGAUGAUGAUGAGCAAGAUUUCAACCCAGUUGGAGGAUCAAACUUAGCGUCAAUUUUCGGUACUUCAAAUAAAUCACUGGACAAUGUGUCUAAAACUCCAUCGAAAAAGUCUAAGAAUGAUAAAGCUAAAGUUCAGUCAUCACCGUCAUCAACAUCAUCAUCAAAGACUGAUGUCAUUUUAGCAAAAGUUAUUCAUGCAUACAAAUUGCAAAAUGGACAAUAUUCACCGUUAGGUAAAUUGGGAAUUGCACUGACAGGCAAUACGUCAACAAAGACAUAUUUAUUAAUUCUCUACCGUCAUAAAAACGAGCAUAUAUCUGUAGUAACUCUGACAGCUGAUUUCAAUUUAUCAAUCCAAGAAAAUAACUAUGUAAGUUAUUACGACGUCAAUAAUGACAACUGGUCGAUAUUAUUUGACAGCAAUGAUUCGUGCAUUGAAUUUGCCAGAGAAAUUGCUGUGUCUAAGUAUUUAAUGCGCCAAGGAAAAACAGAGGAGACGAUUUAUUUUGAAAAUCUUACAAUUUGCACCGAAAAAGACACCAAAGAAGCUAAAGAAGGUGACAGUAUCAAUAUAAAGUGUUCAAUAAUCACCAACAUAAUUCAACCCUUGAAGGUGAGCUCGAUUCCGGUCCAAAAUAUGACCGUGCAAAUUUCUUCAGAUGACAACUGGGAGCGCUCGUUGCUGGGCAUCAGCCCUGGGUGUAAGAGAAUUUUAAUUCUAUCUCCAAGUAAGCAAAUUAGUUUAGGUCCAGGAUUUCCUCGCGAUAAGGAAGUCGCUUUGGACAUUGAAGUCGUUGAUAUUAUUCCCGAAGUUAAACCCAUUGCUUCACCUAAACCUCCUACUGGAAAAGCUUCGCUAAUUUCUCGGAUGGCUAAAAUGGGUCAGUCGAUUUUGCCAAAGGUUCCAACUUCUACGACCACCGAUUCUGAAGAUACUGAAGAAGAUGUUCCUAUCAAGUCUCCUAGGCGAGCGAAGGUUUCUGAUAACGGAGUUAAAUCUUCGGCAGUUUCUAAAAAUUUAACUAGUGAUAGCAGUCAAGAUAAUAUUCCAGAUGGUAAUGUUAAAUGUAAUGUAAGAAAUAGUAAUUCUAUGACGGUGCCUACUCCUCAUGGAAGUUUAGUUCCUGCUGCAUUUACUUCUGGUUGGUCUACUCCUAUACCACAACAAUUUAUAUCGACAAUCGAUGGCCAGUUCUAUUCAAUUCCUUCUUCAGUAUCACAAUCUCCGGUAGCGGGGUCAUUAGAUCCGAAUAUAAAUGUGUUUUUAUCGGAAACACGGACCCAAAAUGCUGAAAUACGAAUGGGAAUGUCAAAAAUAUCAGAUAAUGUACAAAAAUUGUUAGAUAAAUUUCACGCUCUUGAAUUACAAAAUGCUACGGCGUCUCCAAGCAAUGACAAAGCGCUUGAAACUUCAUUAAAGAUGUUGCUUGCGUUAAAUUUAAAUAAGAAUGAUUCUAAAGUUGGUGAAGGGAAUAAUACUGCAUGUGUGGAAUUAAAUGAAGCGAGAGAAAGAAUUCGUUUUCUUGAAGAUGAAUUGAAGAGUAUAAAAAAUAAUUCUACAGAGAGUUUUAAUAAAUUAGAGGAUUUUGAAAAAGAGAAAAAAGAAUUAGUUUCUGAGAAAGAAGAAAUGAAGAAUACGAUUAAAGAGUUGGAGUUAAAGUUAAUGGAAGCGCGCAGCGAACUUCAGAAGGCGCAAGAGAAUAUUAAGAGUACUAAUGAACAAGUUAUUAAGUAUCAAAGAGAUAACAUUAAGAUGGAACAAAAAAUUGUGACUUUAGAGGCUGAACAAAGAAGUUUGAAAAGUAGAAAUUUAACGAGUGACAAUAAAGCUACGGAAACUAAGUCAUUGAUGAAUAAAAUGUAUCAAACGUUGAUGACUAAAUUUACUGAUGAUUCUUAUUCGACUGAUUAUAUUAAAUCUACAAUAGCAAGUACAAUUAAGGCAAUAACUUUACAAGUCUUAAGAGAAAAAAAUGAUGUAGAAUUACGUUCAAGCAAUGUAGAAUAUUCUGAUCCGCCUGACAGUCAUAAAAUAAAAGACUUAAAAUCAUCUGAAGAUAGUUUUAUCCUUCCAGCACUCGAUACAAUGUCUGAUUCAAAAGAUAUUGAUACCGCAUCAGUUCUAUCCGAACCACCGCCAAUCCCUCCAAUGGACUUAGAUGACGACUGGCUACCUUAA